AUGCGUCUCAUGGAGCUUCAUGCCACCGGCUUCCGUGUCAUAUUGUUCUUUGUUAGCUGCGCCAGCGUGCUGAAGGGAGCGCAAGACUGUAAGGAUGCCCAGAAGAUGUUUGCUUUAGAUACCUUGCUCUUUCUGGCUCGUGACUGGGAGAACGCUCAGGAGAUCCCUUAUGGCUUGGAUAUGGAAGGAGACUUCCACGGCGAGUGGCUGACGCCUAACCACUCUACACUGACAAGUCUUAAGAGUAUCCAAAGGGGUAUUAAAGAAUGCACAAAAAGCAUCUUUAGUUUUUUAAUGCCGCACCCGGGAGACCAAAUUAAACAGCCAAACUACGACGGAAGAUUACAAGGCUUGUGCGAAGAAUUCAAACAGUGUCUGGAUAGUCUCGCUUCUCUCCUUUUCUCUCCGGAGAGGCUUACGCCAAAAAUGUUGAAUGGAAGGCCAGUAACUUGCAACGAUUUCAAAGGUCUUCUCCUGACGUAUUCAUCUGUGUGUAAACACGGGACGCUGCCUGAAGUGCAGACUGUGACUGACCAAGCUGCGUACGUCCACAACCAGAAGGUCCUGAAGAAUAUUGACCAUGAGUAUGAAUCAGCCAUGGCAGACGGUCUGCAACUGCUACUCGAGAAGCAAGGCAAAGAGGACAAAACCGUCGCGCUGGAAAAAGAGCACAACAGACUGAAACAAGAAGCCCUAUCGAAACUUGGAAAUACUCCUGUAAUGGGGGACAAAAUGAGUGACCUUCAGAAACAGCUGUCCCAGGCGAGUUCGGACGUCAAAUAUGUGAUUAGGAGCUAUUAUUUUCCUACAUACCUUGUUACACACGAAAUCAUGCACGAUGAUCAUUACGGCUCUUCAGCGCAUUUCAUGGCACCUUAUAACUGA